AUGAGCAAUCUCCCGCAUAUCUCGAACUGGGUUGACGGCACCCAUGCAGCUGCAGCGUCAGACCGUCUGGUGGUGAUCAACCCGGCGGACGAGUCGCCCAUAGCCACAGUCGACGCCACUCCCCAUGCCACCGUAGACGAGAUCGUGUCUAAAUCCCUCGUUACUUUCAAGGAAGGGCCAUGGUCGCGAGCUGAAGCAUCCGACCGAUUCGCAGUGCUCGUCAAAGCGGCAUCAUUGCUACGAGCUCGCAUCCCCGAGUUCGUCGAACUCGAAGUCCGCCAGACUGGUCGUCCUAUCCGGGAAAUGCGUGCUCAACUGGCGCGUAUCCCGGAAUGGCUGGAGUACUUCGCUGGCCUUGCUCGCGUGCAGGAGGGUGCUGUGACGCCGUUCAAGGGUCCUGUCGUCAACACGCUCGUUCGUCUACCCUUGGGCGUUGUCGCUCAGAUCACGCCGUGGAAUCAUCCAUUGCUCAUCAGCAUGAAGAAGAUCGGCGCAGCCCUUGCAGCUGGGAAUGUUGUCAUUGUCAAACCGUCGGAACUUGCGCCGUUGUCGAUCCUAAAGCUCGGUGCCUUGUUCAAGGAGGCCGGUUUGCCCGAUGGGACGUUACAGAUUAUCUCCGGCUAUGGACGAGACACGGGGAAAUUCCUAUGCGAGAAUUCCCAUCUGUCCAAGAUCGAUAUCACCGGUGGUCUGGCGACGUAUAAAGCCAUCGCAUCCGUAGCCAGCCAGAACAUGAUCCCCAUCACAGCAGAACUGGGAGGAAAAGCCCCCGUUUGCAUUUUCCCAAGCAUGGACGUCCAACAAGCCGUCAAGGCGUCCCUGUUCGCAAGCUUCAUAGCCAGUGGCCAGACCUGCGUUACAGGUAGCAGGCUGCUAGUCCACAUGGAGAUAUACGACGACUUCGUCAAUCUACUCCAGAAACGGACAAAGGCUUUACGAAUCGGCGCACCGACCGAUCCCAAAACACAGAUAGGCGCCGUAAUCAACAAGGCGGCCGUGGAGCGCUGCACAGCAUUUGUCUCCCAAGCCGUCGAAGAAGGAGGCAAGAUCCUCUGCGGCGGGAAGGCAGUCACUGUUACCGGGAAAGGCUUCUUCUUCGAACCAACCAUCAUCGAAACAUCGUCGACCUCGCAUCUAUCCUGUAACGAGGUUUUCGGUCCCGUUAUCGCUGUCAUCCGGUGCAAGGAUGAAGAGGAGAUCAUUAACAUUGCCAACGGGACCAGUUUUGCCCUGGGCGCGUCUAUAUGGACGCGCGACUUUACCCAGGCGCACCGUGUAUCGCAGAAGAUCGACGCGGGCAUAGUCUGGAUUAAUGGACAUCAUCUCAACGAUCCCUCGUCGCCGUGGGGAGGGUUCAAGGAGAGCGGGAUCGGGAAGGAGAAUGGUCGGGAGGCGUAUGAGAGCUAUACGAGGGUGAAGAGCACUGUGUACAAUUAUGGGAUUAUGCCGGAAUGGUUUGAUGAUGAGGCGGAGAAUGCUAGAUAUGGGUAG